GAAAAAUUCGUAAUAUUUCUCUCAAAAGAAGUGAUGGGAGAACAUAUGGGGUCGGAGCCAUUAAAUUUAUCCAUUUAACAUUUCAAAACAACAAUUUGUAUGUAUGUAUCCAAAUUUCAAAAUUCAUCCACCAUUGUGAACUGGCAAUUUACUCAGAUGUCCCUUAUGUAAUCACAUGAAUUAUCAUAGUGCACCUAGUCAACACUUUGCUCAUUUUUCACUGUAGUUUAGUAAAUAUUCCCCCGGCAUGUCCUUUAUCCGACAUACACUGAGAUGUGCUACGCGCACCUGUAGCAUUAAAUGGCAGCAACAAAUUCUUCGAACAAUUACAGCUCAGCCAUCUAUUCAGUAUAGAUGUAGUAGUACGGUGCCAGCUGAUGACCCCUCACAAUUUCCAGGCGCUAAAGCACCUUUCGUAUCAGAAUUAAAAUUAUUGUUGCACACUGACUAUGAAAAUGUGCCUAUUUAUCGCGUCAUGGAUAGAGAUGGCCUUAUUGCUGAUGAAUCGCAAGAUCCUCAACUAAGUAAGGAAGUCGUGCAGAAGAUGUUCAAUGACAUGAUUUUGCUAAAUACUAUGGACAAAAUUCUCUACGAAUCCCAGCGACAGGGGCGCAUUUCAUUUUAUAUGACAAAUUUUGGUGAGGAGGCAACGCAUAUUGGAAGUGCAGCUGCAUUAGAAAUGCGGGAUUUGAUCUAUGGCCAAUAUCGCGAAGCUGGUGUAUUGGUUUGGCGAGGUUUCCGCAUCGACCAAUUCGUUGAUCAGUGCUAUGGUAACUGUGAUGAUAUCGGGCGUGGCAAGCAAAUGCCAGUUCAUUACGGCAGCAAAGACCUAAACUUUGUAACUAUUUCCAGCCCGUUAUCGACACAGAUGCCUCAAGCGGUAGGUGCUGCCUAUGCGAUGAAGUUACGCCCAAACAACGAUGCGUGCGUUGUGUGCUACUUUGGAGAAGGAGCGGCCUCUGAAGGUGAUGCCCACGCGGCAUUUAACUUCGCAGCAACGCUCAAAUGUCCAGUUAUAUUUUUUUGCCGUAACAACGGAUUCGCAAUUUCCACCCCUUCGCACGAACAAUAUAACGGCGACGGAAUCGCUGCGCGUGGUCAUGGAUAUGGCAUGGCAACCAUUCGAGUGGAUGGGACAGAUGUGUUCGCUGUUUACAAUGCCAUGAAGUUGGCGCGUGAAUAUGUAAUUCGAGAAAACAAACCCGUUAUUUUCGAGGCUAUGGCUUAUCGCGUUGGACAUCAUUCAACAUCAGACGACAGUACAGCUUAUAGAUCUGCCGAAGAAAUUGAAGUAUGGAACUCAGUGGAACAUCCGAUAUCUAAGUUGAAGAGUUACAUGGUUCGAAAGGGCUGGUUCAACGAGUCCGAAGAAAAGGAGUUUGUAAAAGAUGUACGUAAAAAAGUUUUAAAACAAAUUGGUGUGUCAGAGAAGAAACCUAAACCGAACUGGAAAGAAAUGUUUGAAGGAGUUUAUUCUGAAAUGCCUGCAAAUUUGACCGAGCAAAUGAAGGAAUUGGAAGAACAUAUUAACAAACAUAAGGACCACUAUCCGGUGAAGAGCUUUAAAGUUUAAACGAAUUUUUUUACUGGAUACCGGGUUUCUCCCGCAGUCAUACAGGUUUUGGUACAACUUAUAAGACUAAGAAAGGUGCAUU